UUGUGUUCACGAAAAAAAAAGAAGAAAAAUCCUCUUUCUCUACCCACUUCAAGAUCAAAAAGACUGAAUAUCAAAGAGAAGCAAGAUGCUGGGCGUGAGUCAACCGGGAAAUCCACCCUCGAGCCUGCGACACUCUGCUAGCUUCUCUUGCUUGCAACGCGGCACCGCCAGCGAGGGACAUCGAACUAGAACGUCAACGUUGUUGCAACAACCGAGCCUUCAACUGAGCAGCAGCCAUCAUCAGUACUCGUCAGGGCAAACUUCGUUGCUACAACAGUCCACCGGCACUGUACAACAUCGUAUCGAGGCCUUGGAAGCUGUUCAGGACAGCAACGACUACGGUUUCGUGAAGAUUCGACCACGUCUACGCAGCACAAAUGCUACCCUUCACUACGAGGAGGAGUUAGCCGCUCAGAAGAACGCUCUGUGGGAUCGAGACGCUUCGGCGUUCAGCGAUCGCGAAUGCGACAGUAAUUACAGAGACUGCUCGUUGAAGGUGAAAGAUCGCGAGCAUUCGCCUAAAGGAGCUGUCUCGAAGAAUCAGCACCCGUUGAGAGGUGCUCUGGUACUGUUCACCUCGUCCUGGUGGAAAGUCAGACAACGCGAAGAUCAGUUGAACUCGUCCACGGAUCGCGUAUUAACGUCCACCACCGCGUCCGAGCGAAAGUGGUCGAGCACCUCGAUGGCAUCUCCGUCGAACGAAAGAAAGUGGCCGUCGGUCACAUCUCCGACGAACGACCGGAAGUGGUCGGUGGGCAACAGCGCGCUUACGUCGCCGGGGAACGAGAGGAAAUGGACGAGAUCGUCGGUCUCGUCGAACUCGACGGGCCAGCAAGACCGGAAGUGGCGGUCUUUGGGCGCCGUUCUAAGAGCUCCGACCGGACCAGCUGGUUCACACGCUGUUCAACACUCGUUGUCGCACAACAUGAGCGUGUCUAUGAUCGAGGGUGAGCACUUCCGGGAGGAUCUCCGCGGCUCGAGUUGCAAAACGACGCGCUACCAGCAGCAGCAACAGCAACCGACGUCUUACUCGGCUCGAGUGUCGCGCGUCAGCAGAGAUAUUUACCGGGAAAACGGGGAAUUCGGUCAGACAGGCGGUAGAUCAAAGGUCAGUCGUAGACUGUACCAAGAGAGUACAGAGUCGACGGACAGAGACGUGGAGGAGAAGCACGUUCCUACUAGACAUCAUUUCGAGGACGAUUGCAGAGGUAGAACGAAUCGAGAGAGUAUCUGUAAAGUUGAGCAGAACGUUGGAAACGAGACACGUACCGCUGCCACUUCAACCAGAUCCAGCAGAGCGCAGAGCUUUUAUCUUCUCGAUGAUUUCCUGCGACCUCAACCCCAACAGAACAAGUGUAUGCUGAACGUUUACCUGUCGCCGUCGCAUUCAAAGUCGUCUGGCAACGGUAACGAUCACGCAGGAAGAUCCGGCGAGGUGAAACAGAUGUCGCAGGGGAACAUGACGAACAUCACACCUCCGAGACGCCAUAAUUCGAGCUCUGAUAGCCUCGAGGUCGCGACUAGUCCACUUCCGCCGCCUGUGCCACCACCGCCGCCUCAGGUGAACGCCAGCCGUGACCGAGACAGGGCUGAGAAUUUCAAAGAGAAGGACGUGUGCCAGUGCAAAAUGUGCUGGACCAAUAUGCAGCAGAGAUCUUUCGUAGAAGAGGAUGUUGCAGCUUGUUGA